AUGGCAAGCUCCUUCGAGAAGAGUGUGAAGGGCGGGACGAAGAUAAAGCUUGCGGCCCCAAAGUCGAAGUAUGUCGAACAUAUUCUCGUCGCGACACAUGCAGGCGAAGCAGGCGUUGCUGAGAUCUUCCGCGCCCUUACGAACCGGUUGCGCGAUUCGACAUGGACGAUCGUAUUCAAGAGCUUGAUCAUCGUGCAUCUUAUGAUACGAGAGGGCGAACCUGAGGUCACCUUGAAAUACCUGGCGCAGAAUCCGCAGAGGAAGCUCGCUAUCAAUUCUUUCACAGAGGUGCAGACUCAGGGUCACAACAUCAGAACAUACACCGAGUAUCUACUCCGUCGAGCAAUUGAGUAUGGCGUAACGAAAGUCGACUACGUACGUGGCGGCGAAGGCCGUCUCAAGCGGUUGACGGUCGAGAAAGGCUUACUUCGAGAGGCAGAGAGUGUUCAGGAGCAGAUCAGAUACCUGCUGAAGUGCCAGCCGUUCGACGAUGAGCCGGAGAACGAGAUCACGUUGACUGCAUUCCGACUGCUUACCAUGGAUUUGUUGGUGCUGUUCCAUGUCAUGAACGAGGGUACGAUCAACGUUCUAGAACAUUACUUCGAGAUGUCGAAACCUGAUGCAACACGCGCCCUGGCUAUUUAUCGAACCUUCGCAAGACAGACUGAAGCAGUCGUUCAAUACCUCAGCUUGGCUCGCUCGCAUGAACAUUCAACGAGACUAGAGAUACCCAAGAUCAAGCAUGCCCCGACAAGUCUAGCGGCGUCCUUGGAGGAGUACUUGCACGACAAAGAUUUUGAGAUAAAUCGUCGCCAGUACAUCGCAGAGAAAGAGGCCAAGAAGAAUGGAGGGAAAUCCACGAACGGAGCGAGCAAUGGAGCCAGCAAAGCAUCAGAACCACGACCAACACCAUCAAGCCAGCCAGCUAGCCAGCCCAGCACUCAAUCACAGACAGCACCAAAGGUCAACACCAACGCACCUCUCAUUGACUUAUUUGCCUCUUUGGAAGAUAAUCAGCAAACCAUGGCUACGCAAGCCCCCAUGCAACAGCAAUACCCGCAACAGACAGGGUUUGACCAAGCGUUCCAGCAGCAAAGCUUCCAGCAGCCAGCCUUCCAGGUGCCUCAACAGACCGCGAAUGAUGUGGCUUUCGGCCAACAGCAGCAGCCCUUCAUGCCACAAAACACACAAAGUACCAAUCCUUUCCAAAUGCAGCAACAGCAGCAACCGCAGCAACAACAAAUACAGCCGCAAUUUACGGGUGCAGGUUUUGGAGGGUACACGCCUCAACCAUUCAGCCCUCAAAACAGUCUUGCACCAAUACCCCAGAAUGGCGUGCCAGACUUUUCUCAGCAACAGCAAAUGCAGCUUCCCAUUAUUGCUGAGCCAAUACAACAACAACAACAGCCAACAUCCACCAAUCCUUUCCGUCAGUCUAUGUUACCAAGUAUGACAGGCGCGGCUGAGCCAAAGCUACUCAACAAUCCCACCGGUGCAAGCUCACUGGGUCGCUCUGCAACAAACCCAUUCGCGAAACAGACUACUGGCUUUCAACAGCAAUCGCCCCCACCUAUGGGCUCGUCGCCGUUCGGUGCCCAGUCGUUCCAGCCAUCGCCCUUCGCACCACAACAGGCACAAGCACUCCAACCUACGCCUACAGGCACAAACCCUUUUGCCAGGAACGCAUCUCCACAAAAUGCCACAUCUCCGCCAGGUGGUCUCUCAGUACACGCAACUGGAAGCACGAAUCCUUUUAGGCAAAGCGCAUUCGUCAACCAGCAGCACGGCUGGCAAAACACUGGCAGCGGCACAAUUGGCGGCAUGAAUAUGGAUCAAGUGCCUACACAGAGCGUGUUCCCACGACCUGGGCAACAACAGCAACAACAGAAUUUUCUUGGCUAG